AUGACAACAGGGCGGUGCGCUCUGCCCGAAGGCCUCCAGGGGCUGUGUCCAUACACUUUGCUUGGCCUGUGCCUCCCGGAGCAUGGGAGACCAGUCAGCGUGCAAGAAUGCGCUUUUGAUGAAGCCGCCAUCAGGGCCAGAGAGGGCCUGGCCAUCAAAGCCAUCGGAACCGCUUACCGAAAAGCCGCUCUACGGGCACAUCCUGACAAAAACAAGGGGCGAGAGGCAGAAGCGGGCGCAGAGUUUGUGAAGGUGAACCUCGCUUUUGCUUUCUUAUCGGACGCAAGCCAAAGGGAGGCUUAUCACAAGCACUUGCAGGCGCUUCUCAGCCUGCGGCAGGAACGCGAACAGCAGAAACUCAGGUGGACCGCAAAAGACAAGGAGCGCCAACGACUAAAAGCAGAGCUCGAGAGGCGAGAGGCAGAGGCACGCAAGGGGCCCAAAGUUGAUUCAGAAGCGGAGCUGCUGAAGGAGAUAAGAGAGCAGAAUGAGAACCUGUUGAGGCGCAAAAAGCAAGAGAGGGAUGCCAUGAGGCGCGAGUGCUUUAGGCAGAAUUCGGUUUACCAGCAGCAGCACUGGCAACCACAAGCUCCAUUGCAUUCACAAGAGGCAGCAGAGGCCGAAGAUGACUUGGCAGCUAUUCUCUACAGGUCCGUUUUGUUGUCGUGGCUCCCUGCUGCUAAGGCUGAGGCGGAUAAUGCGGAAGAGGCAGUACAAGGAGGGCGAAUUAGUCGCAGCAAAGCCGUACCACCAGAGGUCCCUACACCAGAAUUGCUGUGUUCUCUGCUAGUAGCGCACGGGGCCAUCGAUUUGUGUCUAUUCUCCAAAUCAAAGGGCCAGGCUUGCAUAUCCUUCACCUCCAGGGAGCGUGCUAUUGAGUCAGCACUGCUCCUUCAGCGACAAUGCCAAUCAAACACCGGUGGAAGCAAGGCACAUGGUCUCAGUGCUAAGCUUGCCAACAAGGUCAAAGGCCUAGAGGCGCUGUUACAGAGAGUGCGAAACAUCGCGGGCGUUGUUGAACUACACCAGCAACAAAAGGAGGACAGCUCUGGUGGAGGAGCAGCUACCACUAAUGAAGAGGAUGAAGAGGCCCUUAAUAUUGCAGAAGAGACUGAGAAGGCGGCAGCGGCCUUUGCUGCGGCGUUGGCAGCCGCCCAAGAGGAGGAUGCAGCUCAUUCUUUUCCAAAGGUGCCCUUUUCUGGUGUACAAGCCACACAGGCUGACACUCUCAGCUCCAGAUCCGCCGCACGUAGCAAGUGCAAUGGUGUUGGGGAGUUAAGUACAGCGCAGGUAAAAGCAGUUGCCGCGGCGUUUGGCUUGGGUGGAGCUCAGGGCACAUCCCCCACCAGCGGCGCAGCGGGGCGCAUUUUGGAGUACGUAAGGGCCUGUAGUGACAGGGGUCGCGCUGAUGCAGCAAAGCAGCAGGCUGAGGCUGAUAUAGAAAAAGGGUGGGAGUGGCUAGGCGGGUCGAAGGUGGCAGCUAGCAUGUCCCUGCAGCAGCUGGAGGCAGCGGCUUUUGGCGCUUUGGAGAGAAAGAAACAACAAUUCGAAAGCACUUAA